UUGAAUGGGUUGCUUUUGAAAUUUUCUGUUUAUUUUCAAAUUUUUUAAUCUCAGCACGAUUGAAACAGAUUGUUGAAAGACAGAAUUUUAAAAUGAAUACAUUGACAUCUAUGUCUGAUUUUGAAAAUUUGCUUCAGAUUCCCUUCGAACCUAAAAUAGUAAUUUAUUCUCUAAACAGUGAGUUUUUUCGGCUUGGAAAUUCUCUCUGCAAGUCUGAAAAACUGCAACAAAAAUUUGCCAUUGAUCUGGACGAAGAAAAAGAAUCUCUUAAUUCCCUUCCCGAAUUUCCUUGUGGUGAGAAAGGAUGCCGGGCAACUUUUACAAAUAUCCGUGACUAUGAUGUUCAUUUUAGAAGUGUUCACAGCCUUGUUUGUAGUCAGUGUAAACGAAAUUUCCCCACCUAUAACAUGCUUGACAUUCACAUUCAAGAAAAACACGAUAGUUACCAUGAAGCUGCAAAAGCAAAGAAUCUAGCGAAAUUCUAUUGUUUAGUUGACGGCUGUAAUCAUACUUACAGUUCUUCUGAAGAGAGAGAUGCACAUGUGUUAAAAGAUCAUAAUUUUCCUCAGAAUUUUAAAUAUCAAAAACUGGACAGAGGCGAUAAAAACCCUGAAGCAAUGGAAAUUUCAAAUGAAGGAGGGAAUGUUAAAUCAAAUCUUCCUACUAGUUCAAGACGUAAGCCUUAUGUGCCUUCAAAUAUUUGUUUUGGCCGUGGUUCAUCUAGGACAUUUUCCAAAAAUACGAGUAAAAAAUCAAAUACUGAUAUAAGCAUGAAAGAAUUACAAGAUGCCUUGUAGUGUUAAAUCAGAAAAAGAUAGAUAAUUUUUCUGGAAGCAAUGUAUUAAAGAAUCUUAUUAAUAAUUAAUUUCACUUUGCUCAAGUUUGUUAAACUUUAAAUAUUGCUGAAAGAAAUCUUAGUGUGAUACAGCAAUUAAAAUAUUAUUUUUAUAUUUAUUUUAAAGUUGUUUCAUUUCUGUGCAUUAUAUUUAUGCAAAUUAGUAAAUGUGAUAUAAUAAACUUGAACUGAAUGAAAUUUAUAGUGUUUCACAGUAUUUUUAUUGAUUAAAUGUUUUUAUUUUUAAAAGCAAAUAUGCCUAGCUUAUUUGAUUGUUUUGUCAUGUUUUAUGACAAUUUCAAACUUUUUUUCCCCAUUAGAACUUGGAGUAGUUAUUUCAAUAUUGACUAGGCCUGUUACUUUAAAAAAAAAAAAUUGAAGAUUAUCUAUUUGCUGCUUAGUUUAUAUUGCAUGUGAAAAAAUACUCUGAUUUAUAUGUAGAAAUAUAUUUAUUUAAUUAUUUUUCCUUAAUAAUUCUUUCUCUGUUUCCCUCCCUUCUAUGAAUUGGUAUUACAUUCCCUCCUUCUAUACUUUGUAAUUAUUUCAUUAUAUUUUGUUUUUUAUUGAAUUAGGUGAUAUGUUUUCUUUCUUUCUUUUUUUUUUUUU